AUGGGCCCGGGGCAACCUCCAUCGCGUCCACCCCGAGCGCCAAAAUCUCGUACCUUGAGAGAAGGAGACUGGGACGAGGUGAAGCCUUACAUCAUCCAAUAUCUCAAAACAAGGACACUAUGUGCAGUCAUCAGUGACAUAGAAACUCAGUUUGGCUUUAUAGCAACGGAGAGGCAAUACAAAUCUGCAUUGAAGCGAUGGAAAAUUGGCAAGAAUCUGACGAGACAAGAGAUGAAGGCUAUUGUGCGAAAACAACAAUUUCGAAACCUUGCCGAGCCCGAGCAGAGACCGUUGACGUUUAAAGUCCGCGGCGAGAUAGUCGCCAAGCGCAAGAUUGAUCGGUUUAUGAGGCAAGAAGGUAUCAACCAUGAUGUCCUAUACUGUCCUUCAUCUGGCGCCUCCACGCCAAACUCCGACGAGUUUUCUUGCCAAACAGCCCCGGAGACUCUGGCUGCUAUCGACACUACACUCUCAUAUAGUGAUGAUGUUGCUGCGACUCAACAAGUCGAACCACCGGCCAUGGCGGUCAGGGAACCAUCCCUAGACCUGGCAACGCACCGAGUUUUGUCUGCGACUCUAAGCCUUCCCCCUGUGCACCAUGACCCGGUAAGAACAGACUUAUGGAGCUCUGUCGGCGACACGACCUUGGAUGACAUCCAAAUCUCGUCAAGGGUCUGCCACGAUGUCCGUCAAGACAAUCGCGGUAGCCAUCAAAGACUGUUGAUGAUGGACGCAGCUGGCGUGCCAGGAUCCAGGGGACUACACAAUCCCCCGGCAGCGCCAGAGGCGAGUGACAACGAACGCUUGGCAUUUUACCAGAGAGUUCUCGAAAGCUUGGUAGCGGGAAAGACCGGCCAAGAACGGACACGAUUGGUGCAAGAAUUCCAAGACGUCAUUGGUUUGAUUACCCUUCUCGCGGAGCCCGUUGGCAUAUCCUUAGUAGCAGACCUCCUCAAUUGCACGAGUGUAGCGAUAAGCGACAAGCUCGCCGCUCUCCAUCCUGCUAUAGAUGUCCAUUCUUUCAUCGCCGAUGACUUGUUUCGGAACUUUCUUAGUGACCAGGGUAGAGGUGUGCCGGCGGAGUUCUGGCUGGACGAGCAGCUGCAUCACCGGAAAAUCGCUAGCCGGUGUCUAACACUCUUAUCCCGCCUUCAGAGAGAUAUAUGUGACUUGAACAAUCCGGGAAGCCGGCGCAGAGACGUCGACGAACAACAGCUUGAACGUAGACUACCGCCAAGUGUCCGAUAUGCUUGCCUACAUUGGAUCCAUCAUCUCGUUCGAGGCAAAGCACAAGUCCGGGAUGGUGAUGAAACGCAUACCUUCUUGCAAAAUCACUUCCUCCAUUGGCUUGAAGCCUUAUGCUUGCUUGGGCAAGCGUCCAAGAUACUCGACAUCUUCCGGCCGCUACGACUGCUCAUCAAGUCUGGAUAUAGUAUUGAACUCACUAGUUUUAUCUCUGACGCAGAGAGCUUCAUCUCAAAUUGCAUCAGCAUCAUUGAAGCCUACCCUCUCCAGCUCUACAGUUCAGCAAUAGUGUUCUGCGGUGAAAGUAGCUCGAUACGCCGACUUUUUGCGCACGAAGUCUUAUCUGUGCUCGCUAAACUGCCCAGGGUAGGCAGACCCUGGAACCCAUGUAUACGGACACUGAACGGCCAUGAAAAACGCACUUCUUCUGUCUCGUUUUCCCAUGACUCUAGGCUACUUGCGACUGGCUCUUAUGACAAAACCGUCAAGAUCUGGGAUACGGCAACUUGGAAGUGCUUGAGGACACUCGUGGUACGCAGUCUUGUCGCCACCGUCAUAUUCUCACACGACUCUAGUUUUCUUGUAGUGGUUGCUAAUCGUAACGUCGACGUCUGGCAUACCGCGACAUGGCGGCGUGCGCAAUCAUGGGGGUCUGAGUCUGAAGUCCGUUGCUUUGCACUCUCGCACAACUCACGGCUCUUCGCCUGGUCGGAGGCAUACGGAACAAUUGAAAUCAAAGAUGUUUUAACGGGGAGGCUUCUUCAUAUCCUCACUGGCACAGAAGACUCACACUCUGUCGUCUUCUCUCACGAUUCGACACUACUCGCGUCUUGUGACGGAGGGGACAUCAAGAUCUGGCACACCGAAAGCGGCCAAUGCAUCCAAACUCUUGAGUCCACGCGAUAUUCACACUCCAUCAUCUUCUCUCAUGACUCCAGAAUGCUAGCGUGGGUUGAAUGGACAGACACAGAGUGUGACAAUUUUUUCGAUGGCGACGAUGACGACUGCAUCAGAAUUUGGGACAUGGUCGCCUUCGAGUUCUUACAGAUCAUAAAACCGAAUCAAAGCCGUCCGGUGUCGCUCGUAUUCUCGCACGACUCAAGCAUUCUGGCAUCUGCUUCGUUGGAUUCAACAGUGAGGCUUUGGGAUGCUAGCACUGGCCAGUGCCUGCAGGUAUAUACUGGCCAUUCGGGAUUCAUGGAAUCAGUCGCCUUCUCGCACGACUCAUCCUGGCUCGCGUCAGGCUCAUUCGAUGACACAGUCAAGAUAUGGGACGUGAAGCCUGAAACCUACCAGAUCCAACCCCAAUACGCCGGCUGGAACAAGGGCGAUGCCGACCCAUUGGUUAGCUUGUCCCCUGAUACAGAGUUAGUUGCAUCAGCAUCGUUGCAAAGUGGGAGUAUUAGGAUCUGGAAUGCAACCACCGGGGAGUGCUUGCAAAGGAUACGACAACAAUUUGCUUCCACCAAUUGGAUCUGCUUCUCGCAAAGUCCAUAUUUGCUGGUAGCGGAAUGUCGGCCAGGGAUUCACAACAUCUGGCACACCACCACAGGGACGUGCAUACAGACGGUAGUCAGUGCUCAUACGUCGGUCAGUUUCUCGCACAACUCACAGCUUCUCGCGUUGCCCGUCAAGUCUUCUGGUUCUCUUGACAUCUGGCAUGUCGCUACAGGACUGUUACUAGACACACUGCAUGACUGUCAAGAUGAUAUUGCGCAGACCAUGAUCUCUUACGACUCCCGACUCGUUGCGUGUGUGUCUAAGAGCGGAACUAUUCACAUCUGGAAUAUCGCUCUGGGUGAGCUUACACGAAGGCUGGAAGUAUGUCUCUCCAAUGACUGCGAAAUGUCCUCUCCGGCCUUCUCGGAUGACUCUCAGCUUCUCGCGUCCGCAUGUCUCUGCAGUAUCAAAAUAUGGGACAUCGAGUCUGGUCGGUGCCUGCAAACAAUGCGGCCACCUUUCAGAUGCACUACCUCCUGGAACAUUGCCUCCCUCACUAUAUCGCGCAAUUCGAAGCUUCUCGCAUCGUUGGACCACCAAACGGUCAAUAUAUGGGCCAUUGAGACAGGCUACUGCCUACGAACUCUGAGCUUUGAUUAUCGCAUAUACAAAGUAUCGUUCGAUCCUACCAGCAGAUUCAUUCACACAAACCUUGGCGUCGUCGCAUUGGACCUAUCUUUGACUACUGAGACCGCAGAUGAGAUGAUUCAGCGUCCACGUUUCCAAGGUUAUUGGUUAAGCUCAGACCAGAGUUGGGUGAUGCAUGGCUCAGAUAAAGUACUGUGGCUUCACCCACACUAUCGGCGGCGGAAACUUGGGGUGGCUAUAGAAGGUUCCACAGUUGCUAUCAGCUCUGGCUCUGAGGAGGUAUUGAUAUUCCAGCUGGCGGACUGUGGGAUUGUCUGA